AUGAGCAUCAGUGACGGUGACAUUUGGGCCUCUGAUUCAGAGAUAAUAUCUGGGGAAUUUCAGCAAGAAGAAACUGCUGAAAUACGGAAACUUCGAUCGGUACACGCCAAACGAGGUUACUUAGAUGGUAUAACGUCGGCCAAAGAUGAGAAUCUGCAACAGGGCUUCGAUAGCUCAUAUAACGUAGGAUCAGCUCUUGGUCUUCGCGUAGGCGUUAUUUUGGGUGAAUUACAAGUCCUGACACUUCUGCAUGGUGAAAAUGACGAACCGCUAAAAACAGACCUAAAGCGAGCGCAACAAGAGCUGAGAAUCAAUAAAGUACUCAGCAAGCAGAAUUUUGACCAAAACUUCAAUUUGGUAGAAGAACAAUGUCUCAUAAAAGAUUGGGAAACGACAUUGAAUGAAUAUCGCAACAAAUACAAAAAUGUCUCAUUGAAAAAAUGA